GCACCUGUUCUGACCUGCUGAGCAGGUUCCCAAGUUUCUGCCGUCGUUGUUGGCCACGGCGUGGGAAGCAGCUCUGGGGGAGCUCGGAGCUCCCGAGCACGGCUUCUUGGGGGUAGCCACAGCUGGGUGGGUGGAACGGGGCCUGGUCCCCCCGUGGAGACCCCAGUGGGAUAGGCAGGUGUGUCAGUGCCUGAGGACUCUGUGACUUCCUGCCUUCUGGGUCAGUUGCCCUAUCCAGCUCUAAAGCCGGCUCCCAGGGAGAACUCAGCGGAACUUCAGAAACACGGGUAGCUCUGCCUUUUGACCAAUGCCUCUGUCCCUGGGAGCCGAGAUGUGGGGGCCUGAAGCCUGGCUGCUGCUACUGCUCCUGGCAUCAUUUACAGGCCUGUACUCGGCAGGGGAGCUGGAAACCACGGACCUGGUGACAGUGGUGCUGGGCCAGGACGCAAAGCUGCCCUGCUUCUACCGAGGGGACCCUGGCGAGCAGGUGGAGCAGGUGGCAUGGGCUCGCGUGGACAUGAGCGAGGGUGCCCGGGAGCUGGCGCUGCUAAACUCCAAAUACGGGCUGCACGUGAGCUCGGCCUAUGAGGGCCGCGUGGAACAGCCACCACCCCCACGAAACCCCCUGGACGGCGCCGUGCUCCUGCGCAACGCGGUGCAGGCGGAUGAAGGCGAGUACGAGUGUCGCGUCAGCACCUUUCCUGCCGGCAGCUUUCAGGCGCGCCUGCGGCUCCGAGUGCUGGUGCCUCCCCUGCCCUCGCUGAAUCCUGGUCCAGCGCUAGAAGAGGGCCAGGGCCUGACACUGGCAGCCUCCUGCACAGCAGAGGGCAGCCCGGCCCCCAGCGUGACCUGGGACACAGAGGUCAAGGGCACGACAUCCAGCCGCUCCUUCACGCAUUCCCGCUCAUCCGCUGUCACUUCAGAGUUCCAUCUGGUGCCCAGCCGCAGCAUGAAUGGGCAGCCACUUACCUGUGUGGUAUCUCACCCUGGCCUGCUCCAGGACCAAAGGAUCACCCACAUCCUUCAAGUGGCCUUCCUUGCUGAGGCCUCUGUGAGGGGCCUUGAAGACCGAAAGCUGUGGCAAGUUGGCAGAGAAGGAGCUAUGCUCAAGUGCCUGAGUGAAGGGCAGCCCCCUCCCUCGUUCAACUGGACACGGCUGGACGGGCCUCUGCCCAGUGGGGUACGAGCAGAAGGAGACACCCUGGGCUUCCCCCCACUGACCACUGAGCACAGUGGCACCUACGUCUGCCACGUCAGCAAUGAGCUCUCCUCGAGGGAUUCUCAGGUGGUUGUGGAUAUUCUUGGUAAGCACUGGGGCAGGGACUGGGACCUGGGCCAAGGGCCUUGUGGGGGCAACAGGAAGCCAGGCAGAGAGGGUGAAUUCAAAGAGUAUUUAUUUGGAGGAGGUUGGACUGCCUAUAUUUUGCAGAGGGUCUGGCUGAUGGGGUGGUUUUGGACGUGUUUUGUGAGGGCAGUGGGGGGGGAUGCUGUGGCAUCUUGGAGCUGGUCAGGGAUCUGGGGAUCGGCCUCAGUCAGCGGCUUGUCUCCAGCAGACCCUCAGGAUACCCCAGGGAAGCAGGUGGACCUGGUGUCGGCCUCCGUGGUGGUGGUGGGUGUGAUCGCCGCGCUAUUGUUCUGCCUUCUGGUGGUGGUGGUGGUGCUCAUGUCCCGAUACCAUCGGCGCAAGGCCCAGCAGAUGACCCAGAAAUAUGAGGAGGAGCUGACCCUGACCAGGGAGAACUCUAUCCGGAGGCUGCAUUCCCAUCACUCGGAUCCCAGGAACCAGCCGGAGGAGAGUGUAGGGCUGAGAGCCGAGGGCCACCCUGAUAGUCUCAAGGACAACAGUAGCUGCUCUGUGAUGAGCGAAGAGCCAGAGGGCCGCAGUUACUCCACGCUGACCACCGUGCGGGAGAUUGAAACACAGACUGAACUGCUGUGUCCAGGUUCUGGGCGGGCUGAGGAGGAGGAAGAUCGGGAUGAAGGCAUCAAACAGGCCAUGAACCAUUUUGUUCAGGAGAAUGGGACCCUGCGGGCCAAGCCCACGGGCAACGGCAUCUACAUCAAUGGGCGGGGGCACCUGGUCUGACCCAGGCUUGCCUCCCUCCCCUAAGCCUGGCUCCCUCUGCUGACGUGGAAGAGUUCAGCUUAUCCCCAGGGGAGCCUCCCUAAACACUCCUUUCUCGAGUAAGAUGCUCCCCAUCCCACUGACUGCUCGACCUUUUCCUCCAGCCCUUCUGUUAGAUGAUGGAAGGGCUCUCCUGGUUGAGUCUCUCCCACAGUGCGUGCAGGUCACUGUGUGUGUGUCUGUGCUUGUGUGAAUAUUCUCUGACUGUGUAUGUGAGUGUGCAGGAGGAUAUGUAUGCCUGUGGUGUGCAUCAUGCUGUCACGUCAGAGUCCACGUGAACUGUGGUGUAUGUGCCACAGGAUUCCGUGGCUGCAUGGAGAACGCCAUAGGGGAUUGGUUUGUGUGUCGUGUGGCUGUGUGACCUUUGCCUGUAAAACAGGUGUUCUCCUCAGACCCCAGAGCAGUAUUAAUGAUGCAGAGGUUGGAGGCGGGAGGUGGAGACUGUGGGCCAGAUCCAGGUGUGCGGGCAUAGCUGGAGCUGGAAUCUGGCCUCCUGAGUCAGGGAGCCGGGCUCCCAUCACUUGGGAGCCGUUGGGGCAAGUGUGAAGCAGCAGGCCUAGGGGGUCUGCCAGGGGCUCAAACUGUUACAGAAGAAGGCCUCUGCCCUCUGGUGGCCUCUGGGUCUGCUGCAUGUACAUAUUUUCUGUAAAUAAACCUGCACAGGGGAGCUUCUUUAAGGAAUACUGCCCCCAGUCCCCUAAUAAGAGAAGAGACUUUAAAAAAAAAACAAAAACAUUCGAUUCACCUGGAUGUUUAUUAUUACAAGAAUCGCUUAAAGUGACAUCAGCCUACACAGGAAUUCAGCAAAGCUAGAUCUUGCUCAGGCCUCACCUCAGGGGGUUAAUUCCUGUGGUUCUGAACAGUGCCCCCUCUAAGGCAUCUUAAUCUAGGCAGACUCUUGGGAGGGAACUAAAGAGCUGGAGGGGUUUGAAGGAGGGGCGCGCGCCCCACUGUUAUUGGCUGUGGGUGGGCAGGUAGUGUCCGUAGCCCUCGUGGCUCCUUGGCUCUUCCCCUAGCCUCAAGUUUUCUUAGUUGUAGCCAUGGUUGUUUGCGGUCCCUUGUUGAGGGGGUGGCUGGGACUUGGUGACAGUCCCUGGUUCAGUCGCGGGAGAGGGGAGAGAGAAUAGGGAUUCUAGACCAAGGGAGGGUGGGAGGUCAGGUGAGGUGAAGGAGCUGCUGAGGCAAGGAUGUCUCCUUUCCUUGGGGUCUCGGGCUCACUAACUUGGGGCUCUUCCAGCCGUUUCUCUGGGGAGCAGGCUGGGGUUAGAGAAGUCCCACCAAAUACAUUUAACCAGAAUAUCUAGAUGUAGUGCCCAAACCCUGCUCGGCCUGAACACUGCUGGAUUUCUGGACCAAAGGAGAGCCUCCCAUCCCCUGCUCCCCAAGCCAUCCCAGGAUUUUGGAUGUGGAACUAGAAGGUACAGAAUUCUAGUAUGUACAUUUUGUGUAAAUAUGUGCAUAUGUGUACAUAAAAUGAUAUUCUGUUUUUAAAUAAACAGAUAAAACCUG